CCCCGGACGAGUAAAGACACGCAGGACGCACGCCCCGCCCACACCGCGUACCCGCACGGCCCUUCCCGGAUGCAAUCUCAGCGCUGACCUGAACCCGUAGAUAUGGCGAACCAGGUUAUCAGGUGCAAGGCUGCAGUUUCCUGGGAGGCUGGAAAGCCCCUCUCCAUAGAGGAAAUAGAGGUGGCUCCCCCAAAGGCUCAUGAAGUUCGAAUUAAGAUUCUUGCCACUGCUGUUUGCCACACGGAUGCUUAUACCCUGAGUGGGGCUGAUCCUGAGGGGUGUUUUCCAGUGAUCUUGGGACAUGAAGGUGCUGGGAUUGUGGAGAGUGUUGGAGAUGGAGUUACUAAGCUGAAAGCAGGUGAUACUGUCAUCCCACUUUACAUCCCACAGUGUGGAGAAUGCAAAUUUUGUCUGAAUCCUAAAACAAACCUUUGCCAAAAGAUAAGAGUCACUCAAGGGAAAGGAUUAAUGCCAGAUGGUACUAGCAGAUUUACUUGCAAAGGAAAGACACUUUUACAUUACAUGGGAACCAGCACUUUUUCUGAAUACACCGUUGUGGCUGAUAUCUCAGUUGCUAAAAUAGAUCCCUUAGCACCCUUGGAUAAAGUCUGCCUGCUUGGUUGUGGCAUUUCAACCGGUUAUGGUGCUGCUGUAAACACUGCCAAGGUGGAACCUGGCUCUACUUGUGCUGUCUUUGGCCUGGGAGGAGUUGGAUUGGCAGUUAUUAUGGGCUGUAAGUUGGCUGGUGCAUCUCGGAUCAUUGGUGUGGACCUCAAUAAAGAUAAAUUUGCAAGGGCCAAAGAGUUCGGAGCCUCUGAAUGUAUUAACCCCCAAGACUUCAGUAAACCCAUCCAGGAAGUACUUGUUGAGAUGACUGAUGGAGGGGUGGACUACUCCUUUGAGUGUAUUGGUAAUGUGAAGGUCAUGAGAGCAGCACUGGAGGCAUGCCACAAAGGCUGGGGCGUCAGCGUGAUAGUCGGAGUAGCUGCUUCAGGUGAAGAAAUCUCCACUCGUCCAUUCCAGCUGGUAACAGGUCGCACAUGGAAAGGCACCGCCUUUGGAGGAUGGAAGAGUGUAGAAAGUGUACCAAAGCUGGUGUCUGAAUAUAUGUCUAAAAAGAUAAAAGUUGAUGAAUUUGUGACUCACAGUCUACCUUUUGACCAAAUUAACACAGCCUUUGAACUGAUGCAUGCAGGAAAAAGCAUUCGAACUGUUGUAAAGAUGUAAGUUCAAGAGAGUAAAAAUAUAUGUUAUCAUGGGAGCAGCCAGACAGGUAGAGAGAAGCUCUUCCACAUUCACAGCCUCAGAAACCUUCUGUAACCUACUCUAGGAAAUAAUGUUUCAUAUGUAAUUCCUAAACUCUGUAAUCAAGGACAAGGCUAAUGAAAUCAUAAAUCUGUUUUCUGGACUCUCCUUCAUACAAAUAAUUGCUAACUUGUCAAGGAAUAUUUUAACACAAUAAAAGUAAUUUUUUCAUUUGUGUAGAAA